CAAAAUUAAUUUGAGGGCUUAUGAUACUUUUCCGUAAAAUCAACUUCCCCACUGGUUAAACGCUCUCUCUUGGUCUUGGGUUUCAUGAGGACGGUGGCUGCGCUCUUCUACAAACCCAACGCGUUUUAUACAUAAAUCGCAUCCUCUAUCACAUCAUUUCUGAAACAACCAAAAGAUCACCUGAAAAACCAGAGCGCGCGAGCAAAUUGCCCAAAGCAACAUAUUUUUAUCCCAAAUGGGUAGAAUUGCUGUUGCAUCAAUUGUGAUUCUUUGGCUGAUACCUGUAUCUAUUCUUGUCAAUCGCAUUGUUCCCAAGCCCUACAUGGAUGAGAUAUUCCACGUACCGCAGGCGCAGCAGUACUGCCGAGGCAAUUUCAGAAGUUGGGAUCCCAUGAUCACAACUCCUCCUGGACUGUACUUUCUUUCACUUGCCUAUGUUGCUUCUUUGUUUCCAGGAUUGCUCUGUAUGCAACCAGUGUCUUCAUUUCCAGACUCAUGCUCUACUUCGAUUCUACGUCUCACGAAUGGUGUUCUGUCGGUACUAUGUAGCAUUCUGGUCUAUGAGAUAAUCACCCAUUUGAGACCAUCUCUUGAUGACAAGAAGGCUACAUUUCGUGCUGUGGUAUUGUCAUUGUAUCCACUGCACUGGUUCUUCACUUUUCUAUACUAUACAGAUGUGGCAUCUCUAACAGCAGUACUUGCCAUGUAUCUUUUAAUUCUGAAGAAGAAGUUCCUGUUAAGUUCACUGCUUGGGGCUUUGUCGGUGUUGAUACGACAAACAAAUAUUAUAUGGAUGCUUUUUGUUGCUUGUGCUGGCGUCAUAGAAUUUGCAGAGUCUCACCAAAGAAAUAGUGCAGAAGUAGUUGACUUCAGCAGAUCGAGAGAAAAGGAUGAUUUGUCUGCCAACCGUAAAGGUGCAUCAAUGAUCUCUAACUUGAGAAAGCGGAGGGCCGGUAGUGGUGCAAGGGAUAAGAACAAAUUUCCUUCACAAAUAACUAUUCCAAUGACACAUUCAUCAGGACUUUUUGAUGAGAUUCAGAACAUAAUAAUUAUUUCCUGGAAUCAUUUCUGGGAGCUUUUGGUUUCUUUUAGUCCGUUCUUUAUGGUAUUUGUGGCUUUUGUUGCUUUUGUCCGCUGGAACGGUAGCAUUGUUCUCGGUGCUAAAGAUGCACAUGCUGUUUCUCCCCAUUUUGCUCAAUUGCUGUAUUUUGCAGCAGUUUCUGCUGUGUUUAUGCUUCCUGUCCACUUCUCUUUAGAUCAGGUUGCAGUUCUAUUCCAACAGUUUCGCAAGAACAAACUGCUUAAUUUCUUUCAGUGGCUCAUGGCUCUUACCAUCAGCUUCCUCUCUGUGCAAUUUUUCAGCAUAGCCCAUCCGUAUCUCCUUGCAGACAAUCGGCAUUAUCCCUUCUAUCUCUGGCGAAAAGUGAUCAAUUUCCAUUGGUCAACGAAGUACCUUAUGGUCCCACUUUAUGUUUACUCAUGGCUAUCUAUUGUCUCUAACUUGGCAAAAGAUCAGAAGAAGCUUUGGGUGCUGGUAUAUUUUGUUGCUUGUGCUGCAUCACUUGUUCCUGCUCCACUGAUAGAGUUCAGAUACUACACUAUUCCAUUUUUCUUCUUGAUUCUCCACACCAAUAUCACUGACCACAAGAGUUGGCUUGUUAUGGGAGUUCUAUAUCUUGCCAUCAAUUGCUUCACAAUGUAUGUGUUCUUGUUCCGGCCAUUCUCUUGGAAGCAUGAAGCUGGGACACAAAGGUUCAUAUGGUGAUAGAUAGGCCAGAAACAUGGAAAGCUUAUAAAUUGUCUGCAAAACAGCUUCGAUAUACUCACACGGCUAAUGCCUUCUUACCAUAGAAGAGGAUGCUAAAUGGCAGAAUUCUUGUUUACUUCUAAUACUACCUGUUAGACUACAGGGUUGGAGCCGGAGAAGAAAACUAGGCAAAUUCAGAAUUGUCUGCAAUUUGUGCUGAUGACAAGGUACAUCGAAUGGGAACCUUACAGCUAUGCCAUUUAGACAUAAUGGUAACUGUUAUCUUAUUAAUGUUGAGCUUCUUAAUUGACUUAUU